ACAUAGCGGGAAUCUUGGCCAGCACGUCGCCGCUGGAAGCGCUUAGGCGAGUGAUGCGGAUGUCUUUCGACUACAACAUCAAAACGAUCGUGGGACUUCGUCCACUUAAGCUGAGGGGUACCGUUUACCUCCAGCUGCUCAGCGGCGCACCCAUUCGGAACGAACUCUGGCUGGAGGUGACGGAUCGCGAGCUUGAGUCCUACUUCGCAAACGUGACCAACAUCUUGUGGCGAAACAUGGACGACUCGUCGCUUGCCGCUACUCUGGUUCGUAUGGACAGGGAGGUGUCCCUGCUUCUCGAAGGACCAUCGCAAGACGUGUGGUUUGAUGCUGAAGCUUUCAGCGCGGAACCUGAUUUUCCGCGCGAGCUUUGGGAGGAUCCCCUGAAAGAACUUGUUUCGAACCAGCGUGAUGACGCGAUAAAAGGUGCAAUUUUAGUCACUGAUUACAACCAGACUAGAAGCCUGCUGACUUUUAUUCAGACCUGCCCCACGAGAUUCGCGUCUUCUUAUCUGGUCAUUCACGCCUUGGUCGAGGUGUUGAGGUUCGACUUUGCGAAGCGUUUCGAAGACACGUCCCAGUCCAGAGUACGGCACAUCUGUUUCGAAGCGGUCAAUCGGGCCCUCGCACCUGAUUGGUCGGGAGUGGUCCGUACCCUCCUCUUCACCGACGCACACCUCGCCAAAGUCGCAGCAAUGUUCGACGAUAUAAAGCGUACCUCCACUUCCAAAAUCUGGAACGGCUGGAUGAAUAAAUCGAUGGGCGACAUGGCCCGCACAAAACUUGACAGAACGACCCUAACAUCGCACGGAACGCUAUUUAGGAAUUCCACUCGCGUCGUGUUUCGUCCAACAUUCGAGGGGUUCCUAAACGGCACGUUCAUCUUCAACUACAUAUCGCUUCUGAAAUCUUCACGCCCUCAACGUCUGCAACACCCAAUGGACACGUUGCAAGCAGGGAUCGCAUCCCUUGAGGUACGAGGGCAAGCCCUGUACUCGAACAGGCACAGAACACUCUUUCUACCCUUGAUGUUCCACUACGACCCCGUCUUCUAUGGCGCCAACGUCGCUCCCUACUACAACUACGGAACUCUGGGCGCCAUCUUCGCGAGGGGUCUGGCCGAGGCCAUAGACCCUUUCUCUUCCUGGAACUAUUCGACAUCGAACUGGUGGACGGAAGAGGCGCUGCGCGAGUUCUCGUACCGGAUCUCGUGCUACCGGAACCUCCACGACAACGCCCGGCCCCAGAAGCCCCAUGACGUGGACAAGCUGACUCCAGAGGUCCAGAGCAGUCUGUUCGCCUGGCUUCACGGUUCUCGGGUCGCCUACGCGAGCAUGGAGCGUAACUUCACCAGUUCGUCGACGCGGUUUGCCAAGAAGAGGCAGUGGAAGAAAGCGCAAAGAGUGUUCUUUCUUAGGUUCUGUCUCGCGUCCUGCGGACUGGAGCGCAGCGAACCACUCGGUCCGAGGGAGAAGUGCGUUUGGCCGCUCCUGAACAUGCCCGAAUUUGUGGAGGCUUUUGACUGUCCCGCAAAUUCGUUCAUGAAGGUGCGUCAAAAGUGCCACCUCUUAUGAAUGACGCCGCCGCCACGAGGUUUUAGAGGAAAAUGGGAGCAUGUAUUGUUGUAACUUGUCGGGACUCCAGGUCACCUUAGCAUGCGAAUUCACUAUCGUUGCUUUUCCGACGAUAGCACUAUUUUAACAGUGACACUAAAUAAGGUUUUAAACACAGUUGUCAUAGAGCCUCUCGAACACGACACUGUGUCAAUAAUUUUAUUGCACACCCAAGUCGGUAUUUAUAAUAA